AUGGCGACUGUCAAACGCAAAGGCCAUAAUAAAUUGGGAUACAGCCCCAUUCUCCCCAAACUUCCAGCCACAGCACUGGCAGCCAACAGACGGUAUGCGUCCAUCAGCGCCAAAUUUAAAGGACCAGGACCCGGGAAAUAUGGCCGGCCACCAUGUACCGGCAUUAAAGAUCACGAUUGCACCAAGUAUGCUGAACCGGCCUUCACCAUGCGUGUCAAAUCCUCAGAAAGAUUGAUCUCUGUCAACGAGAGUCCCGGUCCCUGUUAUUUCGUGGACCCCAGCAUUUCCCACUUGGGCAUAUGGAGGCCUGUAUCCUACCGCAUGGCGAAACAGUCCAAGAGCACAAGUGCGAUCCCGACCCCGGCCCCGAACGAGUACUACGUGGAGAAAAUCCACCCUCCGGAAGAGGCCAACGCUCCGGCCUACACCAUAGGAUUCCGCACACGCUACUGGGAGAGCAGCCCUCACCCUGCCCCUAACAAAUACACCCUCCCGGGGACACUGGGCCCCAAUCUCCCGGUCAAAGAAUCCGCCCCCUGCUCCUCCAUGGCCACCAGCGCUUCCGUGUGGGGCUAUGCCACCGACCGCGUCAAAGGGCCCGGCCCGGCAGCGCACACCUUGCCCCAUCCCGAUUUCUACCUGCACUGCCAGCCGUCCUACAGCAUGUCCCAGCGACUCGAGGUACCCAGCAAGGAGCACACGCCGGGCCCCCCCGACUACAACGCCGAUCGGGUGACCUUGCACAAGCCCAGAGCGCCCCGCUUCAGUCUGGGCAUCCGCCACUCCGAAUACUCCCACGGCACUCCGCCGGUGUGCAUAAUCACGGAAUGA